AUGUUGGUUUACUCGCAGCCCACCGAGUCUCAGACAAAGUCACCAUGUCGACCUCGACCCCAGCUCGCUCGACUUCAGAUUCCAGUUCAAAACCCCCCGGUUCCCACACGCGAUUCUGACAUGAACGCCGCUGGGGCAGUGGAACUCGAAGCGGAGCAACGAGCCAUGGCGACCGCAUUGUCAAUGCCGCCGAGUUUGGCAGGUUUGCCUCAACGUGACUGUGCCGGAGACUACCCGUAUCCGGCUCUGGCGAUGAGUCCGCGGGAACGACCAAGACGUCGCGAGAAACCGCAUCUCUCGAUCGUCACGACGCACUCGAGGUCGUUCGGCAAAGGGGCGAGUCUAAGGUUGGAAACUUUGUCGGCCAUUUCACCCACCGUCCAAAACACCUAUCGCAAUGCAUACGAACGGCAUAGUAGGGAUGUUAUCAAAGAAGAGGAAAGCGAAAACGACAUCGACGACCAACCCACCACAAUCACCACUGGAGAGUUCAAUAGAAAACCGACCCUUUCAAUAAACACCUCUCCUCCCCGCCGUCGACCCAACCGACCCAACCUCUCCAUCCAUGCCCUUUCCCCACCCAUCCACCCUUCCACCUCCCCCUUCCUCUCCCCCUCCACCACCACCCCCAUCUCCGCCUACGUAACCGCACCCACCUCCCCCCUCCUCUCCGCCAAAUCCCCGCACCCCAUCCUCCCCUCUCCCACCCACCUCCGCAUCGACCCGGCCCACCUCGCCGAAAAAUUCCACGCCACCGCCCUCUCCCUCACCAGCCCCUCCACCCCCACCCCCCUCUCCACCCCCUCCCUCACCUCCACUCCCUCCACCGCAUCCACCUUCUCCACCGCCUCCGAUCACUCCCCAUACGUCGUCGCCCCCGGCCUACGCUCCAUCCUCGUCAACUCGCCGUUCCGCGGCCAAAAGCGCGCGGGGUUGUUGGUUAGCGCGCCGAUAUCGCCGGAGCAGAGCCCGGGGACGCAGGAUGUGGUGAACGAGGGGGAGGGGACGGGGCGGAAGUGCGUGACGUUCCGCACUCCAAUUGAGGAGGCGGUGGAGAACGUGGUGUAUACGCUGUCGCAUUUCUCGCUGUACGCGCCGGAGAUGGAGGUGGAGCUGACGGUUUCCACGGAGUCGUUUGGCGGCUCAGAGACGCAAAUAGACAGUACUAUGGGCGGCACCACGGAGGGAGAGGUGGAUGCCGCGGGUGAUGCAGUGCCUCAGCCAAUCAGCAUCCCACAUACGAUCAACACCUCUACGGCUCCGAUAACCCGUCCGACGCUCGGCCUUAACACCUCCACGACCCCGACAACUCGUCCGACGCUCGCUCUCAACACCUCCACGACCCAGGCAACCCGUCCCACCCUCGCCCUCACCACCUCCACCCCCUCAACAACCCGCCGGCCCCUCCCAUCCCUCUCCCUCAACACCUCCACGACCACCCCCUCCUGCCCCUUCCCUCCCGCCGUCCAACUCCCUCUCCAAACUUCCACCCCCAAUCUACCAUCUCUCCAACCCGCUGCCCCGACCCCUGCAGCCGCCGACACCUCCCCCCCGGCCCCCUCCUACCCCACCACCCCCGUCGCGGGGCGCCGCAAGCGCGAACGCAACUGGGUGUGGACGCUCGGCCGCCUACCCGGGAUGACGGCGGGUGGGGAGGCGGAGCCGCCACCGACGGGGCUGAGUUCGCCGGAGGGGGUGCUGUUUGCGGGGUUUGAGGGGAAGCGGGAUGGGACGGAGGAGGAGGGGAUUGGGAAGGACGGAGGAGAGUGCGAGAGAGGGUUGGAGGUUGGGGAGAUAGUUCAGGGGAUGGGUUGA